AAUCUUUAAUCUAUUGUCAUGAAAAUUUGGUAUAGGCAUCAUUGUGGACAGUUCUAAGAUGUUUUUGAAUAUAAGUAUAGAGGAAUAAUUUAUUAAGAAAAACUCAGUGCUAAGGCUUAUUAAAAAAUUAUUUUUAUGUUUCCGUAUCUUAUUUACUCAAAUACAAUUUUAAGGUCGUAUAUCACAUCAAACUAAAAUGGCUGACGAUUUGAGAAAUUAUAAUUUACAAUUGCAGCAGGUUGAGGCGGCAUUAUUGACAGACCCUGAAAACGAAGAGUUGCUGAAACUGAAAUCGGAUUUGGAAGAAGUAAUUGAGUUGACACGCGAUCUUAUAAAAACUCAAGAGGGUGAAUCCAAAGUGCAUAAUAUUCAUAGUUCUAGUAAUAAUGAUGAUGUUGCAGCUUCCCUGCUGGCUGAGGACGACAACGAAUAUGUAGAGAAGCCCAACUCAAAGUGGCACCCUGGCGAGAAAUGCUUGGCAAAGUGGAAAACGGAUGGCGUGUAUUAUGAGGCAACUAUAGAAGAGGUCUAUGAGAAUAAUCUAAAAGUUAGGUUUGAUGGCUAUUUAAAAUCAGAGAUCAUAUCAAUUCUAGAUAUUAAAGCAAUGGCAUCUGGAUCUAAGCGUCCAUUAAGUGGCGAUGAAAGCAAAUCUGGCAAAGGUUACAACAGAGAGUAUUUAAAAAAGAAAAAACAAAAGAAACAACAGAGAUUUAAACAAAUUGAGGAAGAGAGGGAAAGUGAAAAGAAUAAGUGGCUAUCCUUUCACACAAAGGCAUCUAGAAAGCCUGGUGUCAGAACAAAAAGUAUAUUUGCAUCCCCAGACAAUUUAACUGGCCGUGUUGGUAUUGGAACUUGUGGAAUUUCAGGAAAACCAAUGACAGAGUAUACUCCGGGUGAAAAGUGGAAGAAGGGUGGAUAAUGUUCCUUUUUAGUUAAAUUUUUAGAAUAAGUUAGCUCUUAUGACCUAUCAAUAAACGAAUAAUUACUUAAUUUUCA